UUUCUUGAUAUUGCAUUUCUCAUUUCUUUAUAUGGCCUUCAGUGCUUCAUUUCUUUAGACAUAGAAAUAGAAAAAGAGAUUAAAAAAAUGAAAAUAGAAAAAAUGAAGCAUUAUUGCGGUUUGGUUUUCAUUAUUCUGCUUUUCAUUCACAACCAGAGAGUGUUUGCAGAAGAUGGAUUUGUGAGGACCAGAGGAAUCCAGUUUAUAAUGAAUGGAAGCCCUUUCUAUGCAAAUGGGUUUAAUGCCUACUGGUUAAUGGUCGUAGCCUCAGACCCAUCACAGAGAGACAAAGUUUCAUCUGCCUUUCAAGAAGCUGCAAAUCAAGGCCUUAGAGUUGCAAGAACCUGGGCUUUCAGCGAUGGUGGAUAUAAACCAUUACAGUACUCUCCUGGCUCUUACAAUGAGCAAAUGUUCAAGGGGUUGGAUUUUGUGGUAUCUGAAGCAAAACAUCAUGGGAUUAAGAUGAUAUUGAGUUUUGUGAACAAUUAUGAGAACUUUGGAGGCAAAAAACAGUACGUGGAGUGGGCAAGAAGUCAGGGGGGCCAGUCUAUAGCAUCCGAUGACGAUUUCUUCUCCAACUCUGUCGCUAAGGAAUAUUACAAAAACCAUAUCAAAACCGUACUCACAAGAAAGAACAGUCUGACCGGCAUUGCAUACAAGGAUGAGCCAACCAUAAUGGCAUGGGAACUUAUGAAUGAGCCCAGAUGCACCUCUGAUCCCUCAGGAAAGACCAUUCAGGCUUGGAUUACAGAGAUGGCAUCCUACGUAAAAUCAAUAGACAGCAAUCACUUGCUGGAGGCUGGUCUUGAAGGGUUUUAUGGGUCAUCAAAGCAGCAAAUCAAUCCAAACUUUCAAGUGGGUACAGAUUUCAUUGCAAACAAUCAAAUUAAUGGCAUCGACUUUGCAACUGUUCAUUCUUACCCAGAUCAAUGGUUAUCUGGCUCAAGUUUUGAAGCUCAACUCUCAUUUCUGAACGGUUGGGUUAGAGACCACAUACAAGAUGCACAAAAUGUACUUCAGAAGCCCGUUCUCUUUGCUGAAUUUGGCAGAUCUUUGAAAGAAUCAGGAUAUAAUACCAACCAAAGGGACCAAAUUUUCGACACCGUAUACUCAGCCAUCUACUCGUCGGCUAGGGGUGGAGGUGCAGCUUUUGGUGGUCUGUUCUGGCAACUUCUAGUUGAAGGAAUGGACUCUUACCGAGAUGGGUACGAAGUCAUCUUGAGCGAGAGCUCUUCGACUGUUACUCUAAUUGCCCAAGAGUCUCAAAAGCUUGGUCAUAUUCGGAGAAUGUAUGAAAAGCUGAGAAACAUUGAGAAGUGGAAGAAAGCAAGGGAUAUUAGAAGGGCCCAGUGGUGGGCUGGUGCAGGGAAUAAGGUUGUUGGUAAAGGAAACUAAGUAACAGAGUGCUUGUGAAAUUGAGUGUUUAAUUAUGUGCUCCAAAAGUAUACCAAGCAUGGAAGCUUUCUCUAAUUUAACCGAAAAAAAGAAGUACGUUUUCUCUCAGAGAUGGUUUAUAUUCAUUCAAGAGAGUUUAAGCUAAUAGAGUUUUGUGACUUUAUUGA